AGACACCAACAAUACCAACAAUAAAAAAUAAUGUCAUGCCAGGAUAACAUUGCUGCCGGUCAUUUCCUGAUGGAUUCUUUGAUGGGAGGAUCAUCUUCUUCCUAUAGAGGCGAGGGCUUCUCCGGCAGCAACCCAGGAAUGUACAUCCACUCGGCUGCAUCUGAGUAUGGAUGCUCAAUGAUGAGACAUUUUGGAGUAGUUGGAUCGCCCCUUCCCAAAAAAGACGAGGUUCAUCCGAGUAGCCACCCUCUCGGCUCCUACCAAGAUGCGCUUUACCUGUCAUCCCAACUGGGCACUUGGACCUCUGUUUCUAAAACUAACAGUGACGAGCAACCUGUUGCCCAGUCCAGUUUACAACCGUGUUCGUUUCCAAUCGACAACGUCAAAAAGGAAGCGUUCUGUUGUCUGUAUCAGGGUGACAGUAGCAGCAGGGCUAAUACGGACAAUACAGAGUCGGCUACUUACAUUCGGCUUGGGAACAAUAGCAGCAGCCAGACGGACCAAACCGCUGUCUCAGAGGUGUCCGAAUGUUAUGGAGGAGUAAGACGGGUAUACCCAGGAGAGAGCAGGGGACAGCGAGAGGAGCAGUUCGGGACAGGGUUUGAGUCUUUGGCCCCGGUGACGACAUCUGUUGAAUCACCAAGAGAAUCAACGGUUAACAAAUCUACGCAGGAGAAAGUUAGCGAGGAAACAGGCAUCGAAGAGGAAGAACAGCGAAAGCGCAAGAAAGAAGAGAGUGCAAAGACUGACAGUUGUUCUGAUAACUCUGACGAAUUGAAAGAUGAUUUUACAUUGGAAAAUGCUCCAGGAAACUGGUUAAAAGCCAAAACUGGACGGAAGAAGAGAUGCCCGUACACGAAGCAUCAGACGCUCGAGCUGGAAAAGGAGUUCUUGUUUAACAUGUAUCUGUCUCGCGAGCGCCGUCUGGAGAUCAGUAAGAGUAUCGAUCUGACCGAUAGACAGGUAAAGAUCUGGUUCCAGAACCGAAGGAUGAAGCUCAAGAAACUCAAUAGUGAAAGUCGGGGUCGGGAUCAUCUUAUGGCGGCCUACAACUUCACCUGAAAUUAUAUUAUCUAUAAAACCCUUCCAUUUACACACACACACACACACACACACACACACACACACACACACACACACACACACACACACACACACACACACACACACACACACACACACACACACACACACACACACACACACACACACACACACACACACACACACACACACACACACACACACACACACACAGUAUUCCGUCAUACAAUGACAAUAUUUCAACGAUACCCAAGAGUACACGACUUUAUGAAGGAAGGACUUCAGCACUUGAGUUUGCCUUUCAACACAUGAACAUUAAAUAGCGGUGCCGUUUCCAUUGUUAUGUAAAGCAAACAUAUAAGUGAAGGCCUGUAAUGAACAUCAACACUCAAGCAGCUUAGAACUGCUGGAAUGAAAAAAUACUUUGUUUUGUUUGUUUUCGAGCAAUGUCCUCUUACUCCCGAGCUUCAUCGUGUUUGCUUUUAGUUUUCUGCUGCUAUAUGUCAUAGGCUAUUCUUGCACUGGACUUUUUGCAUCCACAUUGUUGCUCGUGUCAUAUUUGUCCCGUUGAUUAUUCCUAUGGAAAAUAUAGUUUGUCCUUCCCCUUAUUAUCAAUUUGGCACUAUGUUAAUUAAGAGAGAGAGAGAGAGAGAAAGAGAGGGAAUGAGAGAGAGGCUGUGGAUAAGAGAAAUUGGGAAGAUCAUGGACGUUUUAAUAGAAGAGAGAGACCAUUACGUUGAUUUAAUUAUUAUCCAGGUGAGCACAGUAAGUCAAGGUCAUAAAAUUCUAACGUCAGAAUCGUCUCGUGGUAGAAGCGCACAGCUAGGGGUGGAUUUUAUGAUCUGCAAAUAUAAUGUGCUAUCUGGCUGCUGCAGUUAAGAUGCAUCGUUUAAAGGUGUGUGGAGGAGAGGAGGGACAGGCUACUCUACACAUAGGAGAGGGUCUGCUAUGCCUACUGGAUAGAACGAAUGCGCUCGGGGGGUUCCCUUUGCUAUGGAGGCAAGCUGCAGCCUUCUAUUGUGGAUACUGCAUCUCAGCAAGAAAGGAAACAGAUGGAUGAUUAUCAACAACAAUUACAACGACAACAAGGACAGCAUGGAUAAAUGAGGACCACGACGACAGAGGGUGUGUGAGGAAAUGCAAGGCAACAAUCGAGGACUGAGGCGGAAUGAAGGGGAGCAUGUAUGUAUCAGUUAAGAAGAAAUAAACGCGUAUUGCUAUGCUGCCUGAAGAAUCGGAGCGUGUUCCUCAGCGCCAUUAAGUUCCUUUCAGACUAUUGGAGGAUAGCUGCAAGUGACUUCACGGUUUAUCCAUCUGGUUAUAUUCAAUACAGUCUUACAUCUUAUUCAAGUCAUUUAAGUUCUGUGUAAAGCUAUAUAUUUAUCAUGCAAAAGAUCAUUCCUUCCCAACUUUUGAGGUCAUAUCCAUUUGAAGUGCACCCUGCUAUAUCUAUGGACCACCACCAAUCCCCCAUAUGUCAUCCACAGGGCUACUACAACACUAGCACCUGCUGGAUAUGGCACUGGACACAGUAGAGGCCACGCGCCACAAUUCAGAGAGAUCCCACUCUUUCGUCCUACUGUCACCUCUUCUGCUUGUGUCAGCUGCACUCUGUUCCUGUCUGACCCGUUCUGAGGCACGCCUGACCAGGUGGAUACCCGCCAUGGUGAUUCAGUGUCCUGUCAUAACUAGGCUGGUGGUCUCCUAAGUAGAGGAAGAGAUGGAAAAAGAUACAGAGACGGAGGGAGAGACAGAGGCAGGCGAGAGUAAGAGUGUUCACCAGCACCCAGCUAGUGUUACUAGAGAAGGAGUUCCACUUCAAGCCCUACCUGUGUCCACCCCGCAGGCUUGGAGAUGGCUGCAGGCCUGAGGCUCACUGAUUGGCAGAUCAAGAUCUGAUUCCAGAACCGACGCAUGAAACACGAGAAGGACCAUAAGGAGGACAGUGUCAUAGAGACUGAGAUGCCAAACCAUCCUUCUCUAUCACCACACACGUUGUCCUCCCUCAGUCUAAGGUUCUCUAUUGGUGUUGGGUACUCAGUUCUUGUCUGGUGAGAGCGCCUAGAUCUCCAACCCUCCUCUUCAUAGAUUAAGAUCGUACCCCUGCUCUGGUUGGUUUUAACAGUAGAAAUGACAGUGAAUGUUUUUGUGUUUCCUCCAUGGAUCUUCCCCAUCUCAUCACCAUACCUGCACCUGUCUCUUACUGUUAGAGACAGCAGUUGUUUGUCCACAGGUCUCUCAGAACCUUCCUUAUGGCACAAUGAUGCACACCUAUCUUAUGACAUCAGUGUACGCUUCAAACGUCACGGCUUCCCCCCUAGAACCUCCUACUCACCCUUGAGAGUAGGGCACAAUCCUAACACCAACAGUGAGGGAAAAAAGUAUUUGAUCCCCUGCUGAUUUUGUACGUUUUCCCACUGACAAAGAAAUGAUCAGUCUAUAAUUUUAAUGGUAGGUUUAUUUGAACAGUGAGAGACAGAAUAACAACAAAAAAAUCCAGAAAAACGCAUGUCAAAAAAGUUAUAAAUUGAUUUGCAUUUUAAUAAGGAAAAUAAGUAUUUGACCCCUCUGCAAAACAUGACUUAGUACUUGGUGACAAAACCCUUGUUGGCAAUCACAGAGGUCAGACGUUUCUUGUAGUUGGCCACCAGGUUUGCACACAUCUCAGGAGGAAUUUUGUCCCACUCCUCUUUGCAGAUCUUCUCCAAAUCAUUAAGGUUUCAAGGCUGACGUUUGGCAACUCAAACCUUCAGCUCCCUCCACAGAUUUUCUUUGGGAUUAAGGUCUGGAGACUGGCUAGGCCACUCCAGGACCUUAAUGUGCUUCUUCUUGAGCCACUCCUUUGUUGCCUUGGCCGUGUGUUUUGGGUCAUUGUCAUGCUGGAAUACCCAUCCCGACCCAUUUUCAAUGCCCUGGCGGAGCGAAGGAGGUUCUCACCCAAGAUUUGAUAGUACAUGGCCCCGUCCAUCGUCCUUAUGAUGCUGUGAAGUUGUCCUGUCCCCUUAGCAGAAAAACACCCCCAAAGUAUAAUGUUUCCACCUCCAUGUUUGACGGGACAGGACAAACCUCCAAACAUGGCUUGAGUUGAUGCCAAAGAGCUCCAUUUUGGUGUCAUCUGACCACAACAUUUUCACCCAGUUGUCCUCUGAAUCAUUCAGAUGUUCAUUGGCAAACUUCAGACGGGCAUGUAUAUGUGCUUUCUUGAGCAGGGGGACCUUGCGGGCGCUGCAGGAUUUCAGUCCUUCACAGGACUACCAAUUGUUUUCUUGGUGACUAUGGUCCCAGCUGCCUUGAGAUCAUUGACAAGAUCCUCCCGUGUAGUUCUGGGCUGAUUCCUCACCGUUCUCAUGAUUGUAACUCCACGAGGUGAGAUCUUGCAUGGAGCCGCAGGCCGAGGGAGAUGGACAGUUCUUCUGUGUUUCCUCCAAUUGCGAAUAAUCGCACUAACUGUUGUUGUCACCUUCUCACCAAGCUUCUUGGCGGUGGUCUUUUAGCCCAUUCCAGCCUUGUGUAGGUCUACAAUCUUGUCUCUGACAUCCUUGGAGAGUUCUUUGGUCUUGGCCAUGGUGGAGAGUUUGGAAUCUGAUUGAUUGAUUGCUUCUGUGUACAGGUGUCUUUUAUACAGGUAACAAACUGAGAUUAGGAGCACUCCCUUUAACAGUGUGCUCCUAAUCUCAGUUCAUUACCUGUAUAAAAGACACCUGGGAGCCAGAAAUCUUUCUGAUUGAGAGGGGGUCAAAUACUUAUUUCCCUCAUUAAAAUGCAUAUCAAUUCAUAACAUUUUUGACAUGCGUUUUUAUUUUAUUUAUUUUAUCCUGUCUCUUACUGUUCAAAUAAACCUACCAUUAAAAUUAUAGACUGAUUACUUCUUUGUCAGUGGGAAAACGUACAAAAUAAGCAGGAGAACAAUUACUUUUUUCCCUCACUGUAGAUUGUGAGUCGAAGGGCUCAAUUCAAUCAAACCAGCCCUGCAGACGUUACUUUUCAUUCAACGUUUUGAUAGCGGCUUCCUGAACAAGGCAUAAUUAUUACCUGUAGUUUAUCCUGAGUAUCCCUGGGACUAGGUUUCUAUUCCAAAGCAACCACUACUGCCCCCUCUGUUGCUAUUCUAUUAUACAUUGUGGCAGAUGUAAGGCAUGAUGUACUGUACAUAGCAUACCAGUCAUCUUUUGGCAUAAUUGACCUGAUUUAGCUUAUAGCAAUAAACUCCUCAAAUACCUUCUACUGGUAUUACUGUACUGUUUUGCAUGAUGAAUGCAUGUUUUGAACACAUUAUUAAUCUGUGUCAGAUAAUGUAUCAGAUAAUUGACUUGUGGUUGUCAUCUCUGUAAAUCGUAGAGAAAAUGAUUUGACUUUGCUAUAGUUGUUUGAUGUUAUGUUCUGAUCGUGUAAGUAACAUCAUUUACUAGCCAUCCAUUUAGUAUUUUCAAGACCUCCUGUGUCAAAUACAUGUGGCUGUUGUAUCCGUAGACCAGAGGGAGGGGAAUUUGACUUUGGCUGUAGGUGUCAUGUGUUAGGUCUUGUUUCAUGUGUUCUUAUCAUGUUCAUAGCUGCUCAUAUGUGUAAGUUGUUUACAUGUGUAAGUUGUUAGGGCUAAGUGUGAAAACAGCAUAUGUUCAUACUGAACAAAGUUCUAUUUUUGUUAUGCAUGUAUUAUGUAAACUAAAAUCAGUUUUUGAUACUGUUCUUGAUUAUUUGAGAUGUUUAAUAAAUGUAUUUGUGUAAAAUCAA